GUGCCGUGGCCACCGUCAUGCCCAUCCAGACUGGCGCCAACCUUCUAGGCAACAUGUUCUGGCAAACCACCUUGGGCAUGAAGUACUACAACAAGAGCAUGCGUGUGGGCACCCUCGUACUUGUCUUCGCCGUGGCGGAGCUCGGAGAGAUCGGGCCCAACGAGCCAGAUCUGCCUGUGUUGGAGCUGAUGUCCGACCCUAUGGCUAUUGCUUGGAUGGCCUUUCUGGGUAUCAGCACCUUGGUGGCCAUCUAUGCCACCUACAAAACUUACGGCCGGCCAAUAGACUCGACUUCCAAACUCUGCAGCUUCGUGUCUGUUGUGACCCUGACAACCGUCAUCGGAGCCUCCGUUGGGAAAUGCUUCUUGAAAGUGAAGGGUGCUGCCUUUGCCUUAGUGGUCUGCCUCUACUUCUUGGACGGCAUCUUCUGUAUGGCCUUCACGGUGCUAGCGAACGCACAGUGCGAUGUGGCUAUUUUCAUUCCUGCGCAGCUCUCUUCUCAACUUGUGCUGAACAUGCUGACAGGCUACCUCGUCUGGGGGGAUGGCGCGUAUGUGGAGCACACCACAUCAUACCUUCUCGUUUAUGCUCUGUGCAUCUGCGGUGUCUACCUCAACAGCGACAUGGACAUCAUUGGAGACUGGACCAGAUCCUACAGCAUCCGGAGCUCCAUGUU